GUACACACAAACUCUUGACGUCAGUAUGCGAAAAUGGCGGAACCGGAGUUGAAUGUUGACAAUCUCAUAAAUCGUUUGCUUGAAGUCAGAGGAUGCCGGCCAGGAAAAACAGUGCAGAUGACAGAAGCUGAAGUUAGAGGCCUUUGUUUGAAAUCAAGGGAAAUCUUUUUAAGUCAACCAAUUCUUCUAGAGUUGGAAGCACCUCUUAAGAUUUGUGGUGAUAUACAUGGACAGUACACAGAUUUGUUAAGGCUAUUUGAGUAUGGUGGCUUUCCGCCAGAAUCAAACUACUUAUUUUUGGGUGACUAUGUGGAUAGAGGCAAGCAGUCGCUAGAGACUAUUUGCCUUCUACUAGCCUAUAAAAUAAAAUAUCCCGAGAACUUCUUUUUGCUUCGAGGUAAUCAUGAAUGUGCCAGUAUCAACAGAAUUUAUGGAUUCUACGAUGAGUGUAAAAGGAGAUUUAAUGUACGUCUUUGGAAGACCUUUACAGAUUGCUUUAAUUGUCUGCCCAUUGCUGCAAUUAUUGAUGAGAAAAUAUUUUGUUGUCAUGGAGGCUUGUCUCCGGAUCUCCAAACAAUGGAACAAAUUAGACGUAUAAUGAGGCCAACAGAUGUUCCUGAUACUGGAUUGUUGUGUGAUCUGCUGUGGUCAGAUCCUGAUAAAGAUGUCCAAGGUUGGGGUGAAAAUGAUCGAGGUGUGUCCUUUACUUUUGGAGCUGAUGUUGUAAGCAAGUUUCUCAACAGACACGAUCUUGAUUUGAUUUGUAGAGCACAUCAGGUUGUUGAAGAUGGCUAUGAAUUUUUUGCGAAACGCCAACUUGUCACACUGUUCUCUGCACCUAAUUAUUGUGGUGAAUUUGAUAAUGCUGGAGGAAUGAUGUCUGUAGAUGACUCAUUAAUGUGUUCAUUUCAGAUUCUAAAGCCUUCAGAAAAGAAGGCCAAAUACCAGUAUGGAGGAUUGAAUUCGGGCAGACCUCAAACGCCACCCAAAGGACCACAACAGCAAAAUAAGAGCAAAAACAACAAGAAUUAAUUGUUCAUACUGACCUAGUGCCUUUCAUUUAAUGGCAGAGAUAGAUAUUUUUUUCAAUCAGUGGAAGAGGAAAUGAAGCAUCAAGAGUAUUUCAGACUGAAUUUUUUUUCUGAAUCAUAUUAUCUGUACUAUAUUUAAUAUUUAUUUCAAUAAAACAUGUAAUACUUUAUUUUCUAAAGAAAGGGUAUCAUAACAUGAUUGAAAAAAAUAUUUUUCUCAUUGAUACGUGGGAAAUUAAUAUACUAGAAGUGAUGCACUGCUAAUGCAGUUUUAAUGAAAAGUCAAGUAUUUCAUUAUAGCUUACAUCAUAAUUAAAAAAAAAUAUGUAUAAAGCAUUUACUGGCAUUUCCUGUUAUUUGCUGUAUCUGCUUUUAUUCUGCUGUUUAGCAUAUUGCAUUAUUGUCUUUCAUAAAUAAAAUCUAAAUUCAUUUACUGUGUUUAGGAGACAAUUGGUUUUCAAGAUAUCAUCUUAAGUUUGUCAAGUAUAAAUAAUUUGAAGUAGUAUUGAUUUAUAGAAACUGCCUAUUGUUUUAAUGUAAAUUUAUCAGAUAUAUAUUGCUACUCUAUCUAGCAGCGUAGUACUCUUGUCUAGGUACCCAUGAAAAGGUGAUAACUUGUUCAGGGUUUAUCAGCUUGUCACCUUUAUUGUACCACUGGAUUCAAUUGAGUUUUGAGAAGCUAAUGUUUAAAUUAUGCUUUCAAUAUUAACAAUACAUUAAAUAGUAUCUUUGAUUUUUGUCAUCAUUAAAAUCCUUAAUAAUACUAGUAGAUAGAAUAUUUUUUUUUAAUGAUCGAACAGGGUUAAGCUGAUUAAUAACUUUUUUAUUGAAAUAAAAAUUGCAAUUUUGAUGUGUUUUAUUUCAUUCAGUAAAAUAUUCUUUAUUUGUAUUUAAAGGUCAUGAGUAAGUUAAAUACUUGAUUUUUAUAGUCUAUAUGUUCCUAAAAAACCCAAGUUUUUUUUUUAAUAUUAGUGAAAUACAUAGUUUUUAAAGUGGUUUUAUUACAGAAAAAAUAUAAAAUGAUCAAAAAAUGUGUGUAUAUGAAUGUAUAUUUGACUCUGAUUGAGAUCUGAGAUGUAUGCUGUUGAUUGCAACACUAAUAGUUGUAUAUGUCUAGUGUAAAAUUACAUUGGUUUAUAUGAGCUUGAAUGAGACUAAAAACACUACAAUUAAUUAUAUUUUCUUCUCUCUUUAGUAUAGUACUUAAGUACCAGCAAUUUUAAGAGGCUUUGUUUUACAAGUGUAGUAAAGCUUAAUCUGAAAAUUUGUCACUAAUUGAAGCUUCUCAUUAAUUAAAUGCUGUGAUAUGUUAAAAAAACAACUAAAUGCUUAUCAUGUUUAAAAUGUGUUAAGAAGUGAAAAUUGUCUGAACAUCUCUUUAAGGGAUUAACAAAUCGUUAUGUAUGUAUAACUAUGUUUGCACAAUGUUUUACCAUUAUUUUAAAAUCUGGAAUUUAAAAAAAAAAAUAUGUUUAAAUUCUUGAUACACAGAUCAAAGGCACAUUGUCACUAAAAUUUAGCUUCAAAUUUCAAAAGUAUAAGGGGUUUCCUUACAGUGAAAUAUUUAGUCAAGAUUUAAGCUUUUAAAAUUUCUUUUAAUUCUUUAUCUGUUAAUCAAUAGAAAUAAUGCCAAUUUUAAAUUCCUAAACAGAUGCUUCAUUAUUAUCACUAACUAUGCAAUUUCAUUCUGUGUUUAUUGUUUGAAAUAUUAAAGUUCUGAAUCUUUGAACAUAGGACACAUAACUUUUUCAAGUAUAUAAUGCACCAUUACAAUUUGUUUCAAAUCUGAUAAUCUAGUUGUAGUAAAAAUCAAACUAAAUGUCAUUUAAAAUGUUUUGAUGUCAUAUUCUUCUCAAGCAGAAUUGUGUUUUUGUAUUCCCUUUUAAGUUACAACUUAAAAUCCAGAUCACUAGUGGUUUGUUUUUAAGUUGUAAGUAUUGUUUUAUGUUUAAGCAAUAACUACCCAUUUGUUUGCUGACAAGCCUUAUAACAUGUCCAUUCAUAUAAAAGUGCACCUAAAAUUGUUGGUCAAAUAUUCUGAGAGACAUGGCAAAUGAAAAUUUUAGGUCAAGCUAAGUUUGAGAUUUCAGGGUGCUUCAUUUUAAAUGUUUGUAAAUGCAUGACCUAUGCAAUGAUAAUUUCUAGUGUUGAAUAUUCUUUCAGUAGUUUAUAUACUAAGCUCUAAUUUUUUAUGGUUUUUAAUACUUGAAAUUUAGAUUAUUUAAUAUGUAUUUGUAUAUGUGUAUGUCUAAAGAUAAACAUUAUAAGUGAAUGGAAAAAAAAAGCAAUAAACACUAAAAAAAUAUUAUUAGAUUACCUUUUAUCUAAUUGCUGUUUUUUAAAUGGUAUGAUCAUAUUUUCAAUAAUUAAUAAAGAUGUUUAGUAAUGUAAAUUUUUAACCUUAAGAAAAUCAUUCAUUUGCAUGACAUUCUAUCAAUCAUUUAUCAUUAUAACCAAAUGAUACACUUGCUUUCCUAACACUUUGCCCCUUUAUGAGACUGUUGUAGAGUAUUUGAGUGACUGUGUACUGCUAUAUGACAAUUAGCUAAUGUGUGAUUUUCUCAACCCUGCUCCUUCUACAAACCUGCCCAACUCACAGCUAUUGCCAUAUAGAACUAAGUGGGUCUUAAACAGACUUGUCCUAUUUCACAUUUACUACUGUAGUGUUUUGAAAAAACUUUUUUUUGGCUGUACAGUAAAUGAAAAAAAACUUCUACAAGUUUUAUAUUUUUGGUGUGAUUCUUACCUCAGGAGCCAGUUGCUUCGAGGUGUCAAAUUUUUACUGGAGCUUAAUUUCUGUAAAGAUGCAUCAGUGACUGUUGGGCAGGUAUAGGCUGUUAAUGUUUUCUAAAUAAAUAUAGAGCAUGUACAUGAAUUCUUUUUUACCUAAGUUGUUGCAGUUAUUUAAAUUUAGGUUUGUUUUCAGUUGGUUUUCCAUUUUAAGUCACUGGCAGAAAAAAAUAAAUCAUUUUGAUGUUAGAUUAUUGUAUCAACAGUAAUUUUAAAUUUGUAUUAAACAAUUAAACAUUUGUAUGUAUUACAAACA